AAACAUUUUAAUGCAUCGUUUUGAGCAACUUGAAAAUCUCAUUCGGUUGGUUUAUCUUUAACCGCGCUUGUAACGUUAAAAAUUAAAGAAAUUUUAAAUUUUCGGAAAUCUCAUUUUUCCAAAUCAAUUUUCUUUUUAAAAUUAAUCUAAAUUUAUUUAAAAUGACUAGUAAAAAGGAAAACAAGGUCGAUGAGAUGAGUGUCAGAGAAGAUGGAAGUUCGUAUUCUUACGAGGCUAUGGAGAGUCUCACGAACUAUCUCCUGGAGAGGACGAAGCAUCGCCCUCUGGUGGGUGUCAUUUGCGGAUCAGGCAUGGGUGGACUGGCCGAUAUGCUGGAAGACAGUGAAUCCUUUCCUUACAAUGAAAUACCUGGUUUCCCCACAAGCACAGUUGCUGGUCACAAGGGGAGAUUAGUGUUUGGUAAUUUAAAAGGAGUUCCCACUGUCUGCAUGCAAGGAAGAUUCCACGUUUACGAAGGAUACUCUUUAUGGAAGUGUGCCAUGCCGGUGCGUGUCAUGAAGCUGAUAGGAGUGAAGACACUGAUUGUCACCAAUGCAGCGGGUGGACUGAAUCCUAACUUCAAGAUAGGAGACAUCAUGCUCAUCAAAGAUCACAUCAAUUUCCCAGGAUUCGCGGGGGACAAUCCCCUUCGUGGAAGAAACGAUGAAAGGUGGGGUCCACGAUUUCCAGCCAUCAACAAUGCCUAUGAUCUGAAACUUCGCAAUUUAGCCAGAGGCAUUGCAAACGAGUUGGGACUCGGCAAUUUCAUGAGAGAAGGGGUGUACGCUAUGGUGGGUGGACCAUCCUACGAGACCGUCUCCGAACUCAGGGCUCUUCGAACAUUAGGAGCAGACGCUGUUGGUAUGAGUACUGCGCAUGAAGUGAUCGCUGCUAAACACUGUGGUUUAAGAGUGUUUGGGUUAUCUCUUAUAACGAAUGAGUGCGUAAUGGACUAUGACGUGCAAAGAUCAGCCAAUCACGCAGAAGUCUUAGAUACCAGCAAUCGUAGGAAAGCGGAUCUGGAAAAACUAAUCACUAAUUUGGUAUCACAAAUUACUCAUUAAUUAGCCCAAUAUCUCCAUUGAAAAGUUUCUACAUUGAAAAGUAUGCCUGCCGUAACGUGAUUACAAAAACAGUCUUGUCUGACGUCAUUGUUACAUAUUUUUCACUGAGCAAAAAUAUCACCUGCAAAAAAACUUGGCUGUCAAGAUUCGAUUCUCUGUCACGGUGAUAAAGUUUCCAAGUGACGAUAAAUGCAUAAAACAAUUUAGUGUAAGUCAAAACUUUAUCUGAUAUCACGUCAUUUUUCAUGAAAUGAUAAUAAUAAAAAAAAAACUUCUACUAAAUUAUUGCUAAUUUAUCGUCAUUUCUGCAUAUUUUUCCCUGAAGGAACUUAUCGCCCUCAUGUAUAAUUUAACUGCCAAAAUACAAUUCUCUGUUCUGGUGAUAAGUUUCGCCAGGGAUAGUGACGUUAAAUGCAUAAAACAUUUUUCAGCGUAAGUCAAAACUUUAUCUGACAGCAUGUAAUUUUUCAUGAAAUGAUAAUAAUAAUAAUAAUAAUAAUAGAAAACUUCUACUAAAUUAUUGCUAAUUUGUCGUCAUUUUUUUAUAUUUUUUACUGAAGAAACUUUUCUCCUUGAAAAUUUGACUGCCAAAACUUGUUUCCCUGUUCUGGUUAUAAGUUUCGCCAGAGAAAGUAACGCAAGAUACAUAAAUUUAUUUUAAGUACAAAUCAAAUAUUUAUAUCUGACAAUAAGUACUUUUUACUGUAGAAACUCAAAAGUCUAUAAAGAUUUUGUUGUAUAAAAUGUCUGAGAAAUUGCAUUUAGUUUUAUGUAAAGGUAUUCUAGAUAUUAUAAAUUAAUUUUGAUUACCUUAUUGCUUGUAUCAAACAUAGAGUAACAAUAAAUAUUUCUACUACAUUGUUUA